CUUCUCCUUCUCCUUCUCCACCUUCUCCUGUUCAUAUCUUAAAUUCACGCCAAUUAGAAAAAUUACCUGCUAAUAAUGAUACUAUAAAAAGAGAAAGCAGCAGUAGUCUACAGUCUUCCACUUCUUCUAAUUAUAAACCAUCCAGUAGUACUUCCUCUCAUAGUACAAUGGAUAAUCAACAACUUAGUUCAGCUGCAUCAAGUUCUACUAGUCUAUCCAUACCAGCCACACCUCCUUCAGUCAUUUAUAAACAUAAUCGAUAUCUUUCUAAUCUUAGUUUACCAUCAUUAAAUAGUGAAUAUUUUAUGAAUCAUGAUCAUUUGAAACCUGGAAAUAAUGCCGAGUUACUAUCUUAUGAUAAAACAAUUAUCAUGUAUAGAGAAAAUGCAAAACGAUCGAAUGAUCCCACUAUUCAAUGCGAUCUUGCAAUUUAUCUCUACGAAUCAUCUAAAAAUCCAAAUCGUAAACCAGAAGAAAGAAUUGCUUAUAUGUCAGAAGCUAUUAAGAUCCUGAAGGCAACUUCUACUCGUGGUCAUGCAGAAUCCCAAUAUUAUCUUGCAAAUAUUUAUGCCUCUGGUGCUACUCAUAAAUCUGGUAAACCUGAUUUUGGUAACGCUUUCCCUUUAUUUGUACAAGCUGCGAAACGUCAACAUGCUGAUGCUUCUUAUCGAGCUGCAAAAUGUUAUGAAGAUGGCUUGGGAUGCCUUAAAAAUAAAUCAAAGUCUGUUCAAUUUUAUAGACUUGCAGCUACCUUAAAUCAUCCUGGAGCCAUGUAUCGACUUGGAUUAGCAAAUAUCAAUGGAGAACUCGGUUUACAUCGUAAUGUAAGGGAUGGAAAUAAAUGGUUGAAAAGAUCAGCGGAGGCUGCUACAACAGAGUAUCCUCAUGCCUUACACGAAUUAGGAUUACUUCAUGAAAAAGGUUUAGACGGUAUUAUCUUUAAGGAUGUUCAAUAUUCAGUUCAACUCUAUACCCGUGCUGCUGAAUUAGGCUAUGUACCCUCUGCAUAUAGGCUGGGCCAAUGCUAUGAAUAUGGUUAUUUAAAAUGUGAAAGGGAUGCCUAUGCUUCUAUUUAUUAUUAUACAAUGGCUGCUCAACAAGGUAAUCCAGAUGCUUGCUUUGCUCUCUCUGCUUGGUAUCUCUCCGGUGACCCUCCUCGAAUUGAGCCAUCCGGAGAAAGGGCGCUUUAUUGGGCUCAAUUGGCUGCUCAAAAGGGAAUAGUAAAGGCUGUCUUUGCAUUAGGCUACUUUGCUGAAUCAGGUAUUGGUAGACAAAAGGAUAUGAAUGAAGCCAUCCGUUGGUAUAAGAAAGCUGCAAGUCAAGGCAAUGAACAAGCUAGAAAGAGAUUAGUAGAAUUAGAUUCAUCAUUGUUAUCCUCUGUACCUAAUAGUAAUAAUAAUAAUAAUAAUAAUAUAACAAUAUCAUCUAAUAUGGUUGCUGGUAAAGCAAGAUAAAAUAUGUAUGUAUUUAUAUG